GGGCAGGUCGGCUCUUGCCACGACCUGGAAGGACCGUUUCCGCGCUUGUUUACCCUGCUGGUACACUAGAAGGGAAACUCCAUGAGGACAGGACCGUGUCACGUCUCCGCUUCCUGCCCCGCACGUCCUAGGGGCCUAAUAAAUACCCGUUGAACAAAAGAGUGGCAGGAGCCUCCGCACACGUUCUGGCGGGACGUGGCCCAGCCUUCCUUGCCCUGCCGUCCUCAUGCCCGCGGCUCACGUCUGUGCAGCGAGGGGGGCCUCGCAGGGCGGCGAGAUCUUUUAUCUUCCCAGAGGAAGCCCAGGGGGCCACGCGUGUUUGUGGCAAGCCAGAGCCCCUUGUAACGUCUGUCUUUAUUUUCCGUCUUACCGCCCCGUCUUCUCCACCAAAAUGAAAGUGCCAGGAGUCUCUUGUCUGGGACCUCAUCUGACUUACCCAGUGCCAUCUUUUCAAGUGCCUUGAGUAACGUAAGCUUGGCACUGGAGGGGGAGGAAUGAGCCAGAGGGACAAGUUCCCCGAUCUCAUGCUGCGUACCUUCUAGUGAGGGGGACACACGAGCGCGCAAGCCUGGUUCAGGGAGUGGCACGUGCCGCGAAGGACCUGAAACCAGCCGGCCCUGACGAGCAUCUGCUUAGACUGGACGCCCAGGGCCCUGCUGUAUUGCCAGCACUUGGCUUACUGUAGGCGCUCAGUAGAUGUUUGUGGAGUCGCACUGCAUUCUGGCCACAUGCACCCCACUUUAAAUUAUACUGGCAGGAAGUAGCCUAGGGUAACUUACCCAAACUUAACCCAGUUAGCACACAUUUGAGCUCAGACUUCAGAGCUCACCCUCCUUAGCAGUUCUGCUGUCCCACCUCUGGGAGCUGUUCCAGUCCUGUGGCUUUACAUUGCCUCCCAGGUUAACAGUCUGAAGUGACCCUAAAUGUAUAAACAGCUGAAGGGUGUCCAGUUAAAACCAAAACAGACCCCCUCAAAGACCUAAGGUGGAUGGAUUAUAAUUCCGCGAGAGAACUGGAGUUUGCGUGCUGUCCCGCUGGCCUGCUCCUCCAGGGUCCGGGCUGGGAGUGGAAUCCCCGGAUGGUGCUGACCAUGAAGGGGAUGGUUUGCACGUGAGGUGUCCGACGUUCUCUACCCCGCAAGCCUGGCUUCGCCGCUCCUGGGCAGCAGCACAUUCCUUCAUUUAGUCCGUAGACGUGUGCUGCUCCAGGUGUCAGGUACGAGGAGGCGAGUCACAUCACAGGUGUGCCUCUCCACGCCCCCUUAGGUCCUGCAGAAUCAGCCAGGACGGGCGAGGGUCUGAGGGAAUUCAGAGUGCUCCGGGAGCCGGGAGGAGUCAGCUCCAGAAAGAUGUGUCAUUCGAGCUGUGUGUGAAGGUGGAAGGGAAGCAGGCCAUGGGCAGGGAGCGUGGCAGCAGAGGGAACUGCAUGUACAGUGGCACAGAGGCUGAGUAAUGGGGCUCCUUUGGGAUGGUAGUUCUGAAUGACAGCAGCAAUGAGCACUUGCUGGAGGUCACGAGGCCAAGUAGGAGACCAGGCUGGCUUGUGGACAGGAGUCAGGUCUUCUGUGGCCUCUGCCAGAGGCAGCCAGUGUCCACGUUCAAAUUAUGUUGUCUUCUCAGCCAGUUUUUUGAUCCCGGGUAACCUUAAUCCCACCCCCAGCAUGUAGACUUCCUACAGUGAUGUAUAGAAAGAGGCACUAAUUGGGGACUAUUAAAGGUUUUGUCCCAGUUCUUUCACUUGAAGAUGUUUGACCUUGGGCUGGCCGCUUCACUCUCCAGAGGAGUAUUUGGUCAGCUGGUGUCAUCCUUUCAGCUUCUUUACAUGAACAGUGUGGUGGAGAAGAGUGAUCUCUCUGGCCCAGGGCUGGCCAAAGCCCCUGGAUAUUUUUGCUAGGGAGGUGGUCCAGGAAAGUUGCAGUGUCAGAUUGUUGAAGGCUGUUGGCUUGUGGCUUCAGAAAAGGCACCUGGAGGCAUGUAUAAACCAGUUUAUGCGAUUUUUUUGUGGGUUUAUUUCUUUUUCUCUUUUCCCUUUAUUGGCCAUGCCUGUGGCCUAUGGAAGUUCUCUGACCAGGGAUCAAAUCUGAGCCACAGCUGUGACCUGUGCCACAGCUGCAACAACAUUGGAUCCUUAACCCACUGCACUGCCUCAGAGGCAAUGCCAGAUCCUUAACCUGCUGUGUCACAGCAGGAACACCUGUUGGUUUGUUUUUAAACUGAGCACUAAGGUAGUGAAAUUAGAAUAGAGGUUCCGGAGUUUGUGGCACGGUGGAAACAAAUCCAACUAGGAACCAUGAGGUUGUGGGUUUGAUGCCUGGCCUCACUCAGUGGGUUAAGGAUCCGGCGUUGCCAUGAGCUGUGGUGUAGGUCACAGACACAGCUCAGAUCCUGCACUGCUGUGGCUGUGGUGUAGGCCAGCAGCUACAGCUCCAAUUAGACCCCUAGCCUGGGAACCCUCUAUAUGCCGAGGGUGCGGCCCUGAAAAGACACAAACAAACAAACAAAAACAAAGAGGUUCUGUGUCCUGGCUUGCUGUUUCGGGAUCAUUCAUUUCAGGAUGAGAACUGGCACAUACAGGUUACUCAGGGUGAUGAAUCUGACUUUGGAUGGUUCGCUUAGAUGAAUCAAACUUGUCAGCUAACUUUGCUUAAGAAGGUAAUAGAGGAGUUCCCGUCGUGGCGCAGUGGUUAACGAAUCCGACUAGGACCCAUGAGGUUGCGGGUUCGGUCCCUGCCCUUGCUCAGUGGGUUAACGAUCCGGCGUUGCCGUGAGCUGUGGUGUAGGUUGCAGACGCGGCUCGGAUCCCGCGUUGCUGUGGCUCUGGCGUAGGCUGGUGGCUACAGCUCUGAUUCAACCCCUAGCCUGGGAACCUCCAUAUGCCGAGGCAGCGGCCCAAGAAAUAGCAAAAAGACAAAAAAGAAAAAAGAAAAAAGAAGGUAAUAGAGUUCUCGUGUGGCUCAGCAGGUUAAGUACCCGGUGUUCUCACUGCUGUGGCUUGGGUUGCUCUGUGGCGUGUGUUCAAUCCCUGGCCCAGGAAUUUGCACAUGCUGCGAGUGUGGGCCAAAAAAAAAAAAAGAUAAUAGUUAAAAUGCCUGUCAUCCAAAGGAAAAAAAUUGUUUUUCAGUGCAGCCUAAGAUGAUACGGAGUUGUAUGUGUUGGAUUUUUUUUCAUCUCGGGCAUUUCGUGUGGUUGUGUUGAAGUUAAGGAUGUUACAGGAGGAAGGAGAGCACAGCCUUGCAGGACCUCGUAGGGUUUUAUAGGAAAUGCCGUGCUGCUUUGUGUUAAGUGUCAGGAGGAGAAAGACUGCUGGCCUCCUGAAAGAAGCACAGCACCACGACACUUGCUGUAGUGAAACGGGAGGAUCUCUCUUGAACUGGGGUGACCUUUCUGAAAGAGUGAAGCAUUUUGAGAACCUUUGAAAUGUAUGCUUUGCAUUGUUCUUUCUCUUGAUUGUUCUGUUGGUCUUCCUAGGCCAAAUCCUUUUCUCUCCAUCUCCUCACUCUGAGUUCCCGUUUGUUGCUCAGCUCAAAGAGAGCUUUCUGAGAAGUUCCCUGGUGUCUCAGUGGGUCAAGGCUCUGGUGUUGUCACUGCUGAGGUUUGGGUUGAUGCUGUGGCACAGGUUCGUUUCCUGACCUGGGAGCUUCCGUGUGGCUUGGGCAUGGCAAGAGAAACAAAGAAGGAAGGCGGGGGGUGGGGGGCAUGCACUGAGGGUUUGGAAUGGAAAUGCUAUAAAAAUUUGGUUGUGAUGAUUGUUGUACACCUAUAAAUUAAUAAAAUUCAUCAAGUAAUUAAAAAAGAAAAAGAAACCUGAAAACAAAAAAAUAAAGACUGACAGGAUUUGAAGAAAGAAAGAAAGAGUGAGCUUUCAGGGCAUUUUGUAUCUUUUCUUUCUUCUCUCCCUCCCCUUCCAUUGACUCCAUCCCUGGUAAGUGGCAUGUCUUUGUAUUUUCUUGGUCAUUGCCCAAGACUCUUAAGGAUCCUUCCUCCCAUCCUGGCAACCGCCCCGCCCACCUCAUGAUACCGUCAGGUGGGAAGGGUCGGUUAACCAGCCUCAUGAGCUGGUCAGUUAGGGUUUAAACCCGCGGAGGACCCAUUUACCUUUGUUUACUCUGUACCUAAACCAGCGGCCUCUGCUACGUCUUGGAUAGCCCUGCUGUGGGUCAGUACGGGUAACAUACUGGCACAGCACCAUUGGUUGGUGUGGUUGAUUGCCACUUUGGGGAGAAAACUGGAACUUGGGUAGACCGGUUAGGGAUAUUCUCUUUUGUAUAAGGAAAUCAUUAGUUCAUCCUCUUACGUUAAUGUGUAAUUUAAUAUUGUUUAGGAAGCUAAAAAAUAUAAAACUCGGUAGAUAUAGUCAGUACAAUGCAGUAAUUAUCUUUCAGAUGCUAAUUACUCCAUUAAUUCUUUAGCUUUUAGCAUAGCACUGAUUUCCUUAACAUUUCAUGAUCACAGAGAGCAGACUGUGUUUUACAGCACAACAGAAUGUCAGCAGUGUGCUUAAGAUUCUUUAUGGUGGUGGUUUAAAUCCAUCCUGCAUAGAUUAUCUUCAUUUAUUUAAUUAUUAACCAGCUUGCUCAUCCGAAGCAGGUGGCAUUAAACUUACCAAUCUUUAGUCAAACUUAGAUUGUAUUAUUUACUUCUGAGUUUUUGUUCCUGGGAGAAAAAUGGGGACUAGAGAUUAACUUCUUUUUACACAUUUAUUUUCUUCUUUUCUUCACAGUUAACUCCUUGGGGGUGGGGGGGGAAUUAGAUAAUUCUUGGCUGUGUGUUUCUAUUUGGAAAAUGGUGAUGGUCCCUUGUUGUGUGUGUUUGUAGCACGAAUACGGUUGUCUUUGUAACUACCUGGUAAGUUUGCAUUCACGUACGGAUUUAUUAAAAUAAUUAGUCUGAAUUGAUGCUUAUUAAAGAGAUGAACUCUUAAGCAUUAGUAAUACUAUCUUUUAUUUAUUAAGAUUAUAUAGCAUCUUCCCAUCCAGUGCUCAAGGCAAAACACUGAGGACUUUGACCCUGUGGUAUUACCGCCAAGUAGUUGAAAAUUAGGGAAGGAAUCAGGGGAAGGAACUAUGUUGGUUACACUCAAAUACUACCCUUAGGCUCGGCGUUUUGAACCUGAAGCUUGAAUUUUUACAUAGGAAUUAUCACCAGGAUGCUUCCUACAUCUCCCAUUUGUAUUUGGAAAUGUUGCCAUCUGAAGGAUGACCAUGAUUUGGAACAAAUGAGCCCAGCUUUCAGCAAGAUGACAAGAAAGACGAGUUCCAUUCGUCAGGACAAGGGUGCCAUCGAGUGUCUUGAAUAACAUCAAAUAAAAGCCUUCUGCACAGUCAUCUUGCACUGGGCAUUGUGUUAAAAACAAAGUUGCAUUAUGGUUCCAGGCUUGCUUCCUCGUUUUCUGUCAUUUUAGGCCCCUUUCAGGCUGUCAUCAGCGUAGCACAUCCAGGAUUGCUUUGGCCUGUGCUCAGCGGAUAUGUACAGUCUUUGAAGUUUUUACCUGACAGACCUAGGCUGCUGACUUUACAAAAACAGGAGUUGUUUAAAGAGCUUUAUCUUGGAAACAAAGUUACUGAACUUGACCAUCAUUCUAAGAUUAUUUUAAAAAAUAUCAGUGUGGCAAAAUAGUCUUUCUAGAGUAUCUUGUUUUCAAAAUGUUCAGGGUGUUGUUUUAACAAAAGCUGUUGAUGUCUAGAAACAAUGAUGCCUUGAUGUGCUUCUGGGUUUUCCCUCCCUUGCACAGGGUGGGGGGGGGGAUUGAGAAAAUGGCCUAGUCCCUUGGGAAAAAUCUUGAUGCAUUUUCUCUUAAUAAUAUUUUAGCAUUAAUGGCACAAAACUGUAAAGCCGUAUAGAACUACCUUCCUAGGGUUUUCCUUCAUCCUUUCAGAAGGGUUAUUAUCAAUUUUUGACUAGUAGGUUAGUAUUUCUCUUCUGCCGUCGGGGGUGUCUGUCCCCAUGGGGCAGGUCACAUGGUGCAGGUGGCAGCCAUUCCUCCGCACCUGGUGUUUCAGUAGGAUCAUAUGGCUGUAGCCUGUCUGGGAGGGGGCUUAGGGUCUUAAAUAUUCCGGGGGGGGAGGUGGAUUGAGACGGUUGUCUCUUUUGGAUCAUACUUUAAGACGGUGUAGUGGACCCCUGGACUAGAUUUAAAUUGCUUGCGAUGUGGCUUGGAACCACUGGGACUCUUGAGUUUUCCUGGCGCUGUCUUUAAAGGCUGGGGGGUGCUCAGGGAUGGGAGAGGAACAGAGAGCCGGACGGAGGGCCUGGGAGCAGAGGACAUGGUGGUGAGGGCGAAGGAGUGGAUGGCCCACUGGGCCCGGCUCUGCCGUUAAGAGCCGAGGCCAGGGGGUGCUGGCAUUCGCCUUCUAGCUGAGGGGGACGGAAAGGGAAGGCAAGAAGGACGCUCCCUGGGAGAUAAUUGCCUGCUUUUCACCACGUCCGUGAAGUCUGGGGGCGCGACAGAUGCUUGACAUCCUUCAUCUUCUUAUGGAGUCUGUGGCACAGCCCUGUGAUGUGCGUUACUCCGCCGUUAGGGAGCCCGGCCCUGGGUGAGGCCACUGUCCCCGGUCGGUCCAGCACCUAAGGCAUUUCUUUCCGGUGUAUCACAGGGGCUCUGGAAUGAACUCAUAAAGGAGCUCAUUUGGGGGGGUGGGGAGUCAGAGAAUUUUUGUUUUCUGUUUUGGCCACACCCACAGCAUAUGGAAGAUCCCAGGCCAGGCAUUGAUCUGAGCCACAGCUUCAGCCUAUGGCACAGCUGUUGCACAGCCGAUCCUUAACCAACUGUACCACAGUGGGGACUCCAGGGCAGAGAAUUUUUAUCCAUUAAGGAAGUGUUAGGAGCCGUCAGGAUAAUUUCUUCAGAACAUUAAUUAACUAAGAAUUAAUCUUUGUGGAAUGUUUAGGAGGGAUUUCUUACCAUCCUUUUAAGAAAGUUCAUACUGAUGACUCCAAAAUAUUCUUUGAUUUACCUUGUGAAUAUUCACUUUUUAUAACACACAUUGUUCGUGUUUAAUGAUUCUGUAUAUAUAGAACACAUUAACUUUCGAGUAAUUUGCACAUCUGCUCUUGAGUCUUUGGAAGGUAGGGUGAAAUUUGUGUGAGGUAGGAAUUUCACAGUUUUGCAGAUUUGUAAAGUGGGAAUUUAGAGAAGUUUGAAAGAAUACUUGUUUAGAUAGAAAUGUCUGAAAUAAAUGACCUUCAUAGGUGCCACCGUAAACUUUACAAGUGGGGCAACAAAGACAGAGAAACAAAUAAAGGUAAGUUAAUAUUAACUAGAGAUUUCUUAAGUGUUGAGCAAGAUAAAGUGCCUGUGAGAAAGUGCUGUUUUAUUCUGCGUGAAGCGCACUUUGGGAGUCGUCCUUCCCCCAGACUGGCCUCCAGGCCCGAGAGUCAGCGUGGGGAGGUGAUCGCGCGUGGAGCAGGGGGUCGUCCAUCUGGCAAUAUCUGGGCUUUCUUCCUUUUGCACAACUCAUCCCUCGAGGUCUUCUUCACGGGCAGACACCCCUUCUUGUCUGACGGAAUGUAGCAUGGCUGCGAUUCAAGAUUGGUUUGGUCACUGCGUCCUGGAAGCUUCCUGUGGGCCAGGUCCCUUCACCGACGUGGUUACCACCAACCUAAAGCUCGGCAACCCGACAGACCGGAAUGUGUGUUUCAAGGUGAAGACCACGGCCCCACGUAGGUACUGCGUGAGGCCCAACAGUGGGAUCAUUGACGCGGGGGCCUCCAUCAAUGUAUCUGUGAUGUUACAGCCUUUCGAUUAUGAUCCCAAUGAGAAGAGUAAACACAAGUUUAUGGUUCAGUCUAUGUUUGCUCCAGCUGACACUUCUGAUAUGGAGGCAGCUUGGAAGGAGGCAAAACCGGAAGACCUUAUGGAUUCAAAACUUAGAUGUGUGUUUGAAUUGCCAGCAGAAAAUGAUAAACCACAUGAUGUAGAAAUAAAUAAAAUUAUAUCCACAACUGCAUCAAAGACAGAAACGCCAGUGGUGUCUAAAGCCCUGAGUUCCGCUCUGGACGACACCGAAGUGAAGAAGGUGAUGGAAGAGUGUAAGCGGCUGCAGAGCGAGGUCCAGAGGCUGCGGGAGGAGAACAAGCAGUUGAAGGAGGAAGACGGCCUUCGGAUGAGGAAGCCCGUGCCGAGCAACAGCCCUGCGCCCGCGCCCGCCACGCCUGGGAAGGAGGAGGGCCUCAGCACGAGGCUGCUGGCGCUGGUGGUUUUGUUCUUCAUCGUGGGCGUGAUCAUAGGGAAGAUCGCCUUGUAGGCUGCGUGCAGAGGACGGGAAACCGGGCUGACGGAUCCGCCGCUUCGUGGGAUUGAAAUUGGUCCUAACCACGUGUAAAAAGAAAUUAACGUAUGAUGACAUCUCACAGGUCUUGCCUUUAAAUUACCCCUCCCUGUGCCGUGCGCACGCGCGCACAUGCACACGCACACACGCACACACACGCACACACACACACAGGUAGAACAUAAUCUAACAAUCUUUUAGAAAGCUUAAAACGUGUAGUAAAUGAUUGGGGGGAAUAAUGAUCCUUAUUAAUGACGAGGGAACCGUGAUUAAACGACAGUGGCAUGUCGAAAGUGUCAUUUUAAACAUUAGUAGCCUCGGUACAUGUUGCUGGAUUACCUCUCUUAAAACACGCCACUCUUCCUCGCCUGUUGGUGCUGGCCCUCGGGAGCUGGAGCCAGCCCGGCGGGGAGUCGCCACCUCCACGUCGUCACCCCCACGCGGCCCACUCCCUCGGGGCUGCUUUCCGAGCUCGGCCCAGACCGCCCGUCCCCGGGGACUGGCGGACAGAGUCGGGACCCGACGAGGAUGGCGCUGUGGCAGCAUCGGCGGUGCCCUUCAGAGCGGGAGGUGUGUGUGCGCGCGCGGCCUGGUCGACCCAGUGCUCUGGAAGUAAGCCCGUGCUCCGUCCUCUCGAGGGACCAAGCUAGAACCCCGCCGGGUCAUGUAGCGAGACUGAAUUGUGCUUCAGAGAUGCCGAACGCAUAUUUAACUUAUUUAACGUGUUUCAUCUCAUGUGUCCCUGUCACAAGAUUGUAAUCAAUGCUGUGGCCUAAAAGUCACCUGUGCUCCUGACACUGCCGGGUGAGGCUGCACUGCGGCUGCUGGGGGCGGUGGGCUCUGCACACACGGAGGCGUGGCUGCUCUCGGAAAACAGGCUGGAGAACAGCCACCAGGAAGUGCUUUUCUGUGUAAAUAAACAACAGCUGUCACAGGGAGGGCCCCUCUCAAGAGCGGCUGUCGACUCCCCAUCACUCUCCAUGGAGAAGCAUGGCCCUCACCCCCACUCACCCUGCAGCACACACGCCCCCCGGGGUGGGCCCGGCCCUGACCUGCCCACGCGGCCCUCGCUUGGGGUCAGGCAGCAGGGACUCAGGAGAGAGGGAGCCGGCGGGGUGGGGUGUGGAGGGGAGGGCGAAAGAGACGUCAGAUCAUCCAUCAAGUUGUGAUCGAGAGUUUGACUGUGAAAUUAAUUUUAUGCCGUAAAAGACCAAUCCAAUUCUGUUUGACUAUGUAGCAUCUUAAAAAGUAAAAAAAUUAAAAUAAAGCCCCAAAAUUAAGA